AUGUUCAGAUCAUCUAUUAUAUUCAGAAGUAUCCCAUUCUUGCGCAAUAGGGUUCAGUCAUCUAUACCAAGCUUCAUUUCGCCAGCUAGACAUUUAUCAUUAUAUUCAUUAUCAUCGUCACCAAAUGUACAACCUAGCAUUUUAAACAAAAUCGGCAUGCUUAGAGCAUCCGGUAGUCCAAGUUCUAUUAUUCAAAAGGAGUAUAUAAAUCCUACUAUUCAAAAUGAUCCACUCGCACCAUUAAGUGACAUUGAGGUUGAAGAUAAUACCAUGCAUAUGGACUCAGUAUUAAGAAAAAGAAGAUUGAAGAUGAAGAAACAUAAGUUGAGAAAGAGAAGAAGGGCACAGAGAUCUUUGAAGAAGAGGUUAGGUAAAUUAUAG